GCAGUCAGUGAGAACAUCCAGUCAAUCUCUCUCUCAGGCUGAGGCAGAACAGCGGAGCCUCAGUGUGAAGGCUCUCGGUAUCUCACUUCAUCAUGACUAGAUCGGCACUCAUCACCCUGGCAGCCCUUGUCGGUUCCUGCGCUCAGUUUACAGAUGCUGUCAACAUUGAUGUAAGGAAACAUAAACUAUCAUCAGAGAAGAUAGAAAGCUACAUGUCCAUACUCUGCUCGCCAUCACCUGCCCCCUUAUCCCCGUCCUCCUCAGUUCAUACUCUCAGACCCGAUGACAUCUCAGCGGUUUACAUCUUGGGAUCUCCUCUCUCACACAGGGAUGAAGCCUUCAGAGUCGUCAGUAGAGUUGCUGAGCUGGUGUCCAUGUUUAACCCUGAAGUCAUCACCCAACAUGUGGAUCCGACCUCCGUGCAGCCCAGAAGCUUGUUGAAGGAAGCGGAGGAACUGUCCGUCUCUCUCUCAAAUCAGGAGAAAGACUGGAAGCUUGUGCUGCUGUUUGUUCCGGCAGAUUCCCUGUGUGCCUGUUCAUCACACGUUGCUGCGGAUGUCGAUGCUGUAGUCCAAGAAGUGAAAGCGGCUCUGCAGUUGCUACAGAAAAAGCUGCAUCACACUUUGGUUCACGUCGUGGUCUGGAGCUCAAAUCAUCAGCAGGAAAACAGAUGUCAGUGUAUGAGGGAUGAAAGCAUAAACUGGCGAUUACGUAAAGCGACUCUUCUGAAAAUGCUGCAGGAAUCUCUAAGUGAUGUCUGGGAAAAUCCAAAGUGGCAGGUUGAAAAAAGGGCAGACUUCACUGCUGUGCUGCAGUCGCAGCCGGUUAUCCUUCAACCCAUAUCAGAUUCUGAGGACACAGCGUCCGACCUCAACCAACUAGCUGUUCAGCUGUGGACAAACAUCCUUCAGCCAUCGACAGGUGAGGCAGAGGUCAAGGACCCGGGUGUCAUAACCUUUCUCUGCCCCACCCAGGAACGACCGUACCUGCGUACAAAUAAAAAUUCCCCCACUGAAAGUGAAGGCGUCUACAGCGAGGCCUCUGCACUAGCUAAUCCUGUUUUGGGUACUGAGAUACCUUGCACAGACCGCAGUCCAUCUCCUGCAAUCCCCAAUUCAGUUCAUGAACUCCGACCUGGAGAUGUCAAGGUCGUGGGAGCGGUCGGCGACUCUCUGACAGCGGCCAAUGGUGUGGGCGCCAAGACCAACAACCUUCUGUUAGUUAUUAAUGAGUACAGAGGACUGUCAUGGAGCAUUGGUGGUGAUAAAAACAUUACCACCGUCACCACUCUGCCAAACCUCUUGAGGGAGUUCAACCCCUCCCUGACCGGCUUCUCAGAGGGGGUGGGUAGCGAAGACUCUCCUAAAGCCUUCCUCAAUCGGGCUGUGGCAGGAGCCAAGAGUGGUGACAUGGUGCAACAGGUGCUUGUACUAGUGGAGAAAAUGAAAAAUGACCCUCGUAUUGACUUUCACAAAGAUUGGAAAGUGAUCACCAUGUUUAUUGGUGGCAAUGACCUAUGUGACUUCUGCACAGACAGCGUUGUGUUCUCACCCAGGAAUGUGGUGGGUAAUAUCCGUCAAGCUCUGGACAUACUGCAUAGUGAAGUGCCUCGUGCCAUUGUGAAUCUGAUAGAGCUGUUAGACAUUGUACCGCUGCGUGAUCUGCACAACGAUAAAACGUUGGGCUGUCCAACCUGGUUUGUAAAUUUAAUUUGCCCCUGUGUACUUAAGCCUAAAGAGGGAUCCUCCGAACUUCAGAAGGUCAAAGACUUCAACAAAGCCUAUCAGCGCGGUAUGGAAGAGCUGAUAGACUCUGGGCGGUACGACACUCAUGCCAACUUUACUGUGGUGCUGCAGCCUUUCCUCAGGAAGGUUUUCCUUCCCAAGUUAGAGAAUGGCCGGCCGGAUCGCUCCUACUUUUCACCUGACUGUUUUCAUCUGAGCCAGAAAGCUCACACUCUGAUGGCUCAGGCUCUCUGGAACAACAUGUUGGAGCCAGUGGGAAACAAGACUGUUACACAAGACUUCUUAUCUGGCAUCGCUCUGAAGUGUCCCUCUAAGACCAACCCAUUUUUUAGAACGGCUAUCAACAGCAACUACACCUUUCCAGGGCCUCCGCCCUCUCCUCCUCCUGCUACAAAUUGGGGCAGUGACUUUUCCUGCGUUAACACAGCUCCAUCCACCUCAGUGCCCACUUCAGCUCACAGGUUACGACCGGCAGACAUCAAAGUGGUGGCUGCUGUGGGAGACUCUUUAACGGCUGGCUUUGGUGCAAAGGCAAACAAUCUCCUGCAGCUAAGAACUGAGGACAAGGGGGUGUCAUGGAGCAUUGGAGGAGACAAAACUCUUGAGACUGUCACAACAUUACCUAAUAUCCUUAAGAAGUUCAACCCUAACAUCAAAGGGUUUUCAACGGGACAAGGGCAAAAGCAGACUGGCUUCAACAUGGCUGUAUCAGGAGCUAAAAUAGCAGGAAUCCCAGGGCAGGUUCGACGGCUGAUCGACACCAUGAAGAACGACUCUACUUUGGAUUUUGAGAAGGACUGGAAGCUGGUGACCCUCUUUAUAGGAGGCAAUGACCUGUGUCAGUACUGCAAUGAUCGGGUCUCUAUGUCACCUCAGAACUACAGCCGUCAUUUGAUGACGAGCUUGGAUAUGCUUUAUGAGGAGGUUCCCAAGACAAUUGUCAACAUCUUAGAGAUCCUGGAAAUUGAAGGCCUUCGCAGGCUCAAAAAGGACAGCCUGGGGUGCAACGUGUUACAAAAGUUUGUCUGCCCAUGCUUCUUGCUACCAGGAGAGGAUUCCCCCGAGCUGGCUGAAAUGAAACGGAUCAAUCGAGAACUGCAGCUUGAGACGGAGGAACUGGUGUACGGAGGCCGCUAUGCUGGGAGAGAGGACUUUGCCGCGGUCGUGCAGCCCUUUUUUAGGAACUCCAUGCUUCCUCUGAACGCUGAUGGCAGACCCGACACCACCUACUUCUCUGUGGACUGUUUCCACUUCAGUGAACGAGGACACGCUGAAAUGGCUUCAGCUCUCUGGAAUAACAUGUUGGAACCAGUGGGUAAAAAACAGACGUACAACAACUUCACAAACACCAGAAAUAACAUCAAGUGUCCCACUGAGGAGCAUCCUUACAUCUUCACAAAAGUUAACAGCGUGGCCCGUUGCAACGAAAAUGUGCCAGUGUGGCUCGCUGCCGUACUGGCCGUAACAGGUCUUCUGAUUGGCUGCGUUGUCACCUGGCUCUUCCUCUCCUGCAGCGCCAAGAGACGCAAGCAGACGACGCCGCUUGCAGAGGAGAUGAAGGGCACCGCUUUUUAAUAAGGUGCCAUUUUUGCAGUGGACUAACAAAGACGAUAACUUACAAAACAAUAUUCAAAAUGAUUCCGGUGAUAACGAGGCCGUGUUCCACAAUCAAGACAUGAAGCCUCGACCAGGUGACCAAUGUUUCAGAUGGUCUUAAAACUAGAUGCAAAUCAAACAAUAGAUUUUAUGUGAAAAGUAAAGGCUGAAAUUAGUGGCUACAACUGGACUUAUCAGCUCUGCUAUGAUUGUAUUAAACGGUCUAAGGACAGAGGGUGUCAUUAUAUGUGCAGUAAAGCCCAUUUAGGCAAAUGAAAUUGGGCUUUGUAAAUACAGUUGACCCUUAAGAUGAAAACGUAUUUGAAAGUGCUGUCAUACUUUCAGCCACAAUAUUCCGUGACUUGUGGAGUGCACUUUAUGGAUGGAAAGAUGAAUAUUAUCAGCAUCAUUACCCUGCUAAAUGCUUGGAAAUGCGGGUAAUGUAAUCGUUUAUGUAAUGUAAUCCUUUAGGACUUUUUUUUAUAAUGCCUUUGAGUGCAAUAAUUCUGAAAGUUUUUCAUUGUUGUUGGGAAUAAAUUAUUUGCAAUCAUUCA